AUGGAACCGCCUGGCGCGUCCAACGCGACUUCGUACAUGUCAUCACCGGCGGAUCUGCUCAUGGCCCUUCCCCGUAUCCUCUCCAAGGUUAGCUCUCUGGGCGACAUGAUGCGCUCAGGGGGCAGCGUCAUCGCAGAACCAACGGCCAACCUAACCAACAGCACAAUUACCCCCACGGCGGCUUUCGUGCAAUCGUCGUAUUCUACCGUCGCUGCAGCAGCGGCGGCGACUCCUGAAAGCGACAUGACUGUGUGGCAGGCCCUGAGAAAUGUCGCUACAUGGUUCAGCUACAUAACCUCAAAAUGGGCUAUUGCUACGUUUGCUAUUGCAAUCCUCUUGAACCGCACUCACUUUUAUGGAAACAGCCGCGUACCUCUCUCCUUCGACCGCCUCCACAUGCGCCUCACACUCUACAUUGUGCCUCUAUUGCUGUUCCUAUACCAGAUCUCGAAUGUGCUACGGGCAAUACGAUGCCAGACUUCCCCGGGAUGGUCGGACAUGCAAUACGGAGCGAGUGACAGACAUCUAGACACAGACUUUGGCGGCGAGGGUGGCUGUCUUUGGCGCCUUGCAUCAAUGAUUCUGUUCUGGGAGACGACAGAGGAGUCCUGCCAGGCUGUGAACAUGCUUCCUGUAGAUGCUGCUGCAACACGGGAGUCUGGGUCACUGGCUCUUCUUUGGCCCAUGUUCCUGACCUUGGGCUUCGGUCAGUUCGUCGACACUUUGGCCUGUGCCCUUCAGGGUAGGCGCCCCAUUCAAGAGGUCGGAAUGACCCUCUUCGAGCACUCGCUGGCAUUUGCCGAGGCCGAGGCUGUUGUUACGCGGCCGCUGGCAGUUGAUUCAACACGCUUCUUCAAACCCAAGUCCGUUUUCACGCCCGACGGCACAUCACUCACGCUACCAAGGUCAAGGCUCUCGCAAAUUGCCAAUGUCCCACCGGAAGUCUUGCUCAUAUCUCUCAUCUCCAGUGUGAGUCAUUUCACAAGCAACUUGUUGGCGAUUGCUGGCGUGCGCUCCAAAUACAGGCUCCUCACGACUACUGUCUGGGGCCUCGCAUAUAUUUCAGCUUUCGCGUGGAGCUUUGCUCGUCUAACAUGGAUGGUUGCUGACCCAGAUCAAUACGUGGGCAUUCUGAGAUUCCCCACCGUGUGCAUCAUUGGCUUUAUCCCUCAUCUGCUGAUAAUAGUUGGCAUCACUCUGUGUGGACUUGUUUAUCUUCUGGCUCUUCUUAUCACUGCGCUCUCUCUCCCGGCAGGACAGGGUGGAUCCCGCACACUUCGGGAGAGAUUUGCAGCUGCCUACGGUAACCUCCAUGCCAAUAUCCAUUUAUCGUCAAUCACACCCUUGACAAUCAACUGGCACGAGGACUUUUACACCACGAUUCUUAAAGUAGGUUAUGUGAUUCUGACUGCAGCGAGCGAGGCAGUCUUCCUCAAUGAGGGCGUAAAGAUCAAUGUGCACUCCAUGACCUGGCUGGAGAAACAGAGAUUGCAGGAAAUCCUGGCGCGUAGGAGGAAACGCCGAGAAAUGCUCGUCGACAUUCCAUCGGAGCUUAGAAACGAUACAUUCACGCAAGGUGCCGAGGUAGUUGAUCAGCUCAACGACGUCAGGACAGACACAGCAACUUCAGGUUACGCAAAGGAGCGAAAGACUAGGGGUGCCAAAUCAUCUACCGAGGCUUCCACCUCCAUGGGACAGAACGACCCAGCUCUGCAGCAACGUAGCCGUUACGUUCAGGCGUACGGCUUCUUCGUCCGGAUCUCGAGGUUGUUGAUCUUGAGCGUUGCAAAAGUCACAGGCUGGUUAUUGAUGAAAGUUGGCAUAAGCUACCGGCCUGGUUGGUUGACGCGUGCUGCUGGAGCAUAUGAGGCUGAUAAAAUCUACACGUCAGCGUCACGCACAAAUCGAAGUCAAUGCGGGACAGCAGGAUUAGCUGGCCAGCAAUGGCUUACCAUGGACGAUCGUAGUCGGGUUCGCCAGGACCCGGCGUUUGACAUUGAGGUGUUCGCAAAAGAGAGACUCCGACAGAGCGGUUUUUACUCUGAGCCAGAUACCGAGGACUCGGAGGAGCGCCUAAACGAUUACCUCUAUGCCUGGUGGCGCAAUGGAGGUCUAUGGAACGAGGUUGAUAAUAGCAGAGACUAUUCUGUUGCGCAAGAUGAUGACACGACUAGCGUGAUGUCGUUUGCUACUACGACUGACAACGACGAGUGGUCGGAUAUCGACGACGGACAAAGAACGCCGACGCGCGAUACAUAUCGAAGAAGUCGAGAGGAGACGCCAUCAGUCGAUGACGCCUUGGAUUUCUCUCGUCUCUCUCGACUUCUCGAUCCAAGGACAAGGGAAGACCGCGAGGAAGCCAAGUUACUGUCAAGGCACCUGCAGAGCCCCAACAUCAUGACACGCUCGCAAUACCGCAAAGCUUUGGAGCAGGAGGAGGCCAAGAUUCUGACAACCUCGCGCUAUAAGAUGGAGAGUGAUGUGGCAAUGUCACCAGAGGAAGAGGAGCAGCUCCUUGAGGACCUGAUCCUCAAUCGCCGAAGCGCAACAGCGCCACAGGCGAGCAACGCUGGUAGCUGGGACACGGGCGCAGAAGGCAUGGGCUCUGAAGGACCCCACAAGCUCGGUCAAUUGCACCCACCCAAGAAACGCCCUCAAAGUUUUAUGCAGCCAGAGCCCACAGACGUAUCACAACGCGCUCCUCCACCACACGCCCUCUUCGACGCCGCACCCACCUCCCAGCAUGGACACCGUCGCCGCGAUGACUUGCAGGACUCUCUGCAGCCGCACUCUGGCGGGCUACGGGAGGAUGCUGAGACCCCGACCGGCGGAGCUGUACGCGAUGCGACAGGCUUGCACCAUUCCACUAAUGGAUUCCCCCCUGUGGAAGCCAAUGGAUUGAAAAGUGUCGCGCGUCCCUCACCACCCCCAAGGGACAGGAUUACCGAAUAUGAGAAUGCGCUAGCGAGCUCGCCGCGAAAACCUGUAGACGGCCCUCUCUUUGAGGUUAUCAAGAGCAACAAAAGCCCAGACGAUAAGAACUCUGCUAUCGCGAAGCUGCCGAAUGAGGUACUCAUCCAUGCCAUUGCCCAUCUUUCGCCCAACGAUCUCGCCGCCGUAUCUCUUGUCUCUCGCCGCUUCCAUGACGUCGUCACUACUCCACAUGCGUGGCAGGUGGCCUUUGGUCGCUCUUUCCCGGGCCCGCAUGCGCUCGAAGACAUACAGUUCCGUUCAGCUUUGGAGGACAGCGGCGCUGUGGUACGGUCGGAGAAGAGGAGGUUCACGAGGCUUACCGCGCUGGCGUCAUGGCGGAGCGAGUAUAUCUUACGGAGCAGACUUUUACGAUCUCUUGUUCGAGGCAAGCCUGUUCAAGUACCUUCGACUCCUUCUCGCGCCGGCCAAAUGCAGACGGUUUCUCCCAUGAUCACCUACGAUGCCAGGACAUUUACCAUUAUCAAUCACCUGCAUGCAACAUUUGGAUCCGGUCUCAAUAAGAAAAUGCCUCGAUUCAUUCACGGCGCAGACGCCAUUGGCAUGGUAACUAGCAGCGAUCCAACGACCGGCAAAGUGGAUCCCUGGGGCCGGAGUGAUCCUCACUUUUACGCCCAAUUUGUAGAACGUUUCCCAGGCGUUGCCGAGUGGGGACUAGGUUCUGGAGAGGUUGUCGGACGCCCUAACGUAAUGGAUAUAUCGCAACCCCAUGGUAUGAUCUACGGUCAAGGCUGCCCAGAAGGCGUCUGCUACUAUCGGUCGCUCGAAGAAAUGCGUGGUCGUUUCAUCGCCAAUUCGACUGAGCUUAGCAUGCCAGAAGCUGGUAUACCCAAGCUGGGCCUUGACGCUGGCGCCGUUUGCAGUGUCUGGAUUGCCAAAUCGAACACCAUCCCAACGCUUUCAGAAGGCUUAAUUGGUAUGAUGAUUGGUUCUGCAGCAGGAGUCGUCAGCGCUUGUAGCAUCGGCACAGAUGGGCUCCGAUCGUCGCGUGUGCAGCGCGGGGAGCUAACUGCACGCUGGGUUCUUAGCCCUGGCGUCCCUAUCAUUGCCAUUGCCGUAGAUGAGCAAUACUCGUCCAAACGUUAUGCACAGAACCGCAUCUGGGCAGUGGCUUUGAACGCGCUUGGCGAGCUGUUCUACCUCACCAAGUUCCCGACUCGUAGUCAAGCACCAAAGGGCGAUAUUGAAGAGUACUCUGAGUAUCUGGCAUGGCUCACUGGCCGGACCGUGUACUGGAAUCUUGUUGAAUCCAGCAGACGCACUGCGAGACCCGACCCAUACAGCGACGCUGAAGUUGACGGCAGCUAUUCGCCUCGUACGUCAUGGGACGGUAUGUGCCUGAGCAAAGGACAGGUUGCCGCAGAAACCAAGGAAAUACAGCAGUACCUGCGAAAGCCGCCCAAGCACUUCCGUAAAGUAUGUCUCGGAUGGGACAUGCGUAGAAGGCUUGAGGUCGACUUUGCCGGUGAUGAUGGUAGCUAUGCUGGCGAGGCAAUUGCCGUGUUCGAGUGUGGCUUGGAAGAAGGCGAUGUCGCUGAUAUCAAGCGCUUCACUCGAUGCAAGACAGAUGAGAAAGACCAGAGCGCCAGUGUAUCGACGCAAGUGUCGACACCUCUGCAUGCUCAGCCAUCUUCAUUGUUUGGCGGCAUAAGUGCAGACGCUUCAGGUCGAACAAGCGCUUCACCACGUGUUCGCAGUUCCUCAUACAUGUCGACGACUAGUUCCCCCGAGCGUGCAAGCCUGGUGGAAGAGUGGCGGUGCUCGAAACUGGCAUUUGGUGGCUUCAAGGGCACGCAAAUCACCACGACUGCCCUGGAUGCCUCAACCUUUGCAACUUUGACCCUAUCCGAAGAUCCUGCGCUUGGGUUCUCGACAACGUCAACCGCCUCUUCGCCAUAUGGCUCGCCAUUAUCUGUCGCCAGCCAGCCAGCCUCUCCAUCAGACAUACCAGGUCAGCGGGCUCGAUUCGUGGCAGCCGGUACGAAGUCUGGUGUUGUACUUCUCUGGGACCUCCGUUCACCGGUCUCGCGUUCUUCCGAGUUCAUAAACACCAUCGAGCCUAUCCGCAUCAUCUAUACCGACUCACCCGAGAUAUCGUGUCUGGCUCUCACCUCUCUGUAUCUUGUUGUCGGAGGUAAUGACGGGUUGGUGCAGGCGUGGGACCCUUUGGCUUCAACAAAGUCGCCCAUCACAACACUACACUCGCGCCAUGCCUCGCGUGCUUGGAGACAGCUUGUACAAGCACAGGCUUCUGUCCACGGUGUCGGGAUCAACAUGUUUGCUGCUGGUGCUAUAUGCCUAGAUUCCGAUCCAACAGUCCUCCGUGGUGCAGUGUCGCUUGGCAAUCAGCUUCGUUUCUGGAGCUACAGCUCUUCUGCAGCAGAUCAAUACAGAAGCAGCAAGCGAAGACUCCGCCGUUCCGAACGGGGAAGCAACAACACUGGAGAGCGUUUCUCCGGCACUGGCCGUGGCAAUCUGAAGAACUACAUCGCCAAUGAGCAGUUUGAAUUGGAGCGCGAUAGACAGGAGCGCCACAAGCAAGCUGAGCACCUGGCUGGGCGUUUUGGCACGGAGAUGCUGAGUGAAGAAGAAGCUCUGGCAUAUGCCGCGAUGCUUUCCCAGGAGGCAAUGGAAGCGGAAGAGCAACGGCGCAUAGAGCGGGAGAUGAGUGCAUUGAGCAGUGAGACUGCAACACCCGAGCCCAGUGUCCAGGAUCAAUCCUCAUCAUCUGUCAUUGAAGACGACGAAGAGCUGGAUGCAGAUAUUGCUGAAGCCAUUCGUCUUUCUCUCAAUGAUAGCCAAGGACCCAGCAACUUUCUAUCUGCCUCGACACCUCCCUCUGGCUGCGACAUUCCCAUUAAGUAUGCCAAAGGCAAAAAGCCUUCGCUUUCGCGCUUUCGGAACCACAGUUCCAGCAAAGACAUGGCCAUGGCUGGAUCAAGCAUUGAUAACGAGUUGUCGGAUCUGGAGUUUGCAAUGCAGCUCAGUCUUGCCGAAGAGCAGAGUAGAAAGGAUGCAGAGGAUGCUUUUCCUCCACUGAGUCCUGCACCUGGUAGUAAAGGGAAAGAGAGGAUGUGGUAAUUGUUUUGUAGUUGAUUAGUUUGGGUGUAGUUUUG